CGACAUGAUCUUCGUCUCGUCCUUGUUGUGUUUCGUAGCCAGCACGCAGUCGACGACGCCGAGUGGUUCUACGCCGUGUCACUGAGCCGCUCGUUCGUGGUGGCCGGGGACGCCACCGCCGUUGCGGCUGUCCCCGCCCGCGUCUACAGCUCGCUUGCGCCGGUGUGGCUGGCGGGCGCGCAUGCGCUCCAGGCGUGCGGGUGCGACCGCACCCGCGAGGCCCAGCUUCACGGGAUCGAGACGCUGGCCUGCGUCCAGGUACGCGGCGGCGUACUCGAGCUCGGCUCCACGGAUAUCAUCGGGGAGAACUGGGUCGUGAUGCAGCAGGCCAAGGCCGUCUUCUCCACGCUGCCGCACGACGCCGCCCUCGCCACCGGCGCGGCCCAGACGAUCGCGACCGCCCCGUCGCCUGCGGUGAGGAAGGACGGGGCCGGCCACUCGUCUUCCGUCGACUCGGGCCACUCGGACUCGGACGGCGGACUGACGGUGGAGCACCGCCGGCCCAAGAAACGGGGGCGGAAGACCGUUAGCGGCACACGCGAGGCGCCCGCGAGCCACGUCGAGGCGGAGCGGCAGCGCCGCGAGAAGCUGAACCACCGCUUCUACGCGCUGCGCUCGGUGGUUCCCAACGUGUCGCGGAUGGACAAGGCGUCGCUGCUGGCGGACGCCGUGGCCUACAUCCAGGAGCUCAAGGCCAAGGUCGACAAGCUGGAGGCGGAAGGCAAGACGGCCACGAAAGAGAUCACAGUGGAGCAAACCGCCGGUCACAGCGCCGACGCCGGCGCCGCGACGAGCAGCACCACGACCAGCGCCACCACACUCACCAAGGCGGCAAUGGAGGUUGAGGUGAAGCUGCUGGGUGCCGAGGCGCUGAUAAGGGUGCAGUCGGAGGACCGGGGCCACCCACCAGCGAGGCUGAUGGCGGCACUGCGCGACCUGGAGCUCCGCGUGCACCACGCGAGCGUGUCGAGCCUGGAGCAGGUGGUGCUGCAGGACGUGGUGGCGAAGGUGCCAACCGAGCUGCAGCGCGAGGACGGCCUCAGGGCUGCCCUCCUCGCCAGGAUUGACAAGCACUGACCUCCUAACGACAUGAUCUUCGUCUCGUCCUUGUUGUGUUUCGUAGCCAGCACGCAGGUCUUUUCCCAUGUCUUGCCCUCUCUACAUGGAACCAAGACCUACUCGGCAUCAAUGCAUCAACUUC